AUGACUUGGACACCUGCUUCCUGUUUCCUAAAAGGUGUUGUUAUCAAACCAUUCAAGCCGAAAAAUAAACGGUUGAGUCUGCAAGAAUCAGAACCCUUACCUUUGAAAAAUCUUUAUCCCGGCGAUAAAGUCUAUGUUUUUGAAACUAACAAUCUGAGAUGGGGAAGAGGAUAUGUCAUACAUCCCAGUAUCGGCAAUGAUUUAAAAGUGACCUCCAUAAGGCUUAAUGAAGUUGAUCAGUCUCCCGUUGUAUUUCCCAUGAACCUCGUCAAAAUAAUUGAUAAGAUUGAUUUUCACAAAACCACAGAUGGCAUUAAUUCUGAGAAUGAAAUAAAUAAGCCAAACACACCCGAACUUCCAAGAGUAGACAAUCAAUGUCUUACCAUUAUGAAUCAAAUCGGAUAUGCCAUUAAUGAACUUAAUGGUCUUGUUUUUGCUUCCUAUGCCUGUGGAGAACUAAACAUAUUUGGACAACUUAAAAAUGUCUACAUUACAUUAUACGAUUAUUAUAUGAGAUACGCUCAUAAUUUAUUCAACGAAAUUGAAACAACAGAAACAAUCACCAAAUUGUUAAAUGAUGUUACUAAGAUAUUGACCCGUGGCCCAUUUAAGACAUCUUCGUCUUCUGGUAGUUUGAUGUGGCGGGAAGUGGCAUCGAAAUAUUGUUACAUGUUAGCUCGAGAUAAAUCAAAUGGUGAAAUAUUGAAUUUGGGUAACUCAAUACCACCGACAAUUGCCACAGCUCAAGAAGAACUUGUAUUGACCAAUAACGCUUCGGUAAAAAAUUCGGUGCAAUCUCAAUUAGUCCCGUCACCAAAUAAUUUUAAAGAAUACAAGAAUAGUCAUCUUUUGGUCAACAUAACAGAUGUGCAAGGUGACGCAUCUAACCAGUCAACAGGGUUACAUAAUUUAUUUCUUCAUGUCUAUCUCAGAAGUGAAAAUAAAAGAUUGACAGAACCAUUUAUUUUCAAAACCAAAUCUAUUGAUGAUUUGCAAAAAGUUGAGACCAUUAGUUCGAUUUUAUUCAGAAAUUUACCUGAAGACCAAUUUGACAGAAACGUUUUUAUGGUGUUUGUUCUUACUGAAGAAAUUAGUCUCAUGCGUAGAAAGACAUUUGCCAAUUUGAAAUAUAUAAAGAAAGGUGUGGCCGCAGGAGUUGUUAAUAUAUCUAACGUAUUUGCCCAAAAUAGGCCAGAAUUUCAUUUUGAUAUCAAGAUAUUUGGUGCUCCAUUAGGAAGCAAAAAGGCAUCCAAAUCCACUUUCAGUUGGGGGUUAUUAGUCGACCAAUUGGUUCGACAAAAUAUGGAAGGGUUAGCUGUAUGUCCAACUGUCCAAAGAAUUACUGCUUCAGUAAAACUAAUUAAACAUGCACCAUUUGGUUUAUCUACAAAAACAAGAUUUUCCAAACAACAUUCUAAUUUGCCAAUUACAAUGGUAAAACCAAUGUUUUUUGAUCCAUUUACUGAGACAAGUGAAAGAUUGUACAUUUUAUUAGGGCAAAUGGUAUUGAAGAAAAAGAAAUAUUCGACAGAUUUAUAUUCCGUGGAAAUCAGUGCGCCAAAUAAUGAAACAAUUAAAUUCUCUCAGGGGACAAAUCAAAAAGACAAAAAGACUUUGCAGUUGGUCGGCGUUACUAGUAGUGAAAGCUUUGGUGAAUUUAUUAAAAUAGAUAAUAUAUCAUUGAAAAAUAAAGACAAGAAAUUACCUAUUGAUGAUUAUUUGCAAUUGACAGUUUAUAUCAAUGGAGUAUUAUCUGGGCAAGGACAUCUACACUACAAGUCUGGCAACAAAUUGGUGGAGUAUAGACCAAAACCACAUGCCGUAGAAAUAUUUUCCACUUCCAAAGGUAACCAAAUUGCAACCAUUGAAGUUUCUUCUACUUAUGUGGGGAAACUGUUCAAUUCUGAGGUGACUAUAGAUAACAUUUUAGAAUAUGAGUCCCUAUAUCACAGUGGAAUUUCCGGCAUCGAUGGUCUUUCUAGCUCAUUAGAGUUGUUCCAGAAAGUGAAAAAGAAGCAUUUGGUAAGACGUUUUCCGGAAUUGUUGACUUCUUUAUUUGGAAUUAUUAUCAUAUCUGGUGCUGAUAAUGAUUCCGUUAAUUUACAAAAAUUACAAGAUAAUACAUUCAAAGCAAUUGUGUUUUUAUUGAAUAGUGUGCUUAUUAAACCACACCAACAUGGUCAUUUUUUGCAAUGUUUUGAAAAUAUUUUUAUCAAUCAACCUAGAAUUGCGGUAUUCUUAUGGACAAAAUUGCAUGAAGUUUAUUAUCGAGGUGAGACCAUAUGGGAUUCAUAUUCUAAAUCUGUUGCAAACGUUCAGGAGAUGUUGAUUCGCUUUGCCACCAAAUCCAUUCAAGGAAGUUGGGAAUUUGAAGAAUAUAAUGAAAGCGUGGUGCAAUCUUAUAGAGCAAUGGUGCAUUUCCUUUCUAUGAAGUCGUCAUUAUUGGUUGAAGACCAAAUGAAUUUAUUAGGAAUAGUCGACCUCAUGUUAACAAAUACCAUGUAUUUCGACAAAAGAGUUGUUCUCAAUUGGUAUGAAACUUUUGUUGAUGCUAUUAGAUUGCGAUCUUUUGGCGGACACGAGAAAUUAAUGGAGGAAUAUGAACAUAAAAUGCAGAUUUCCAAACUACUUUUGAUACUUCGUGUAUUAGGGACAGAAAUGAAUAGAGAUAAAGAUACAAGAAGUACCAUACUUUUGAAAUCCAUCGAAUGGGCUGUUGAAGGUUUCCCUGAUGUAACAGAUAUUGAAAGUGUGCGGCUCGCAUGCAGUAUUCUUAACAAGUGCUGCACCAUUAUUUAUGAAUUGUUGGUUGAAGGAGAAACCGAUAUCAUUGAAGUUUGUCAUUUCCUUUUCAAACUUUUGCCUGCUUUGUCGAGGACAUUUUUAAAGUACAAUCACAUUGGUAACUUUGCCCUGGAGAGAUCUGUGGUAACGCAAUUAUUUCCCCAAACAUAUCCCUUUGAAACAGUUGCAAUUGAUCGGUCAUUUAGAGACAUUAAUUUUUGUGAGGUCUUGGUAGAAUUGGCUGUUGUAAUCGGUUUCAUUGCUCGUAUUGAUAAAGAAAUUGCGGUUGAUAAUGACGCACGUACUUUACAUCUAGCGGACUUGUAUUCUCGUGACGACAUAUACACCGUCAUUAUUGCAGUGAAUGAGAUUUUUAAAUACGAGUAUUUCCCAAGCCAAAACUGGUUCUCUUUACAAGCAACCAUUGCUGAAAGUUCCUUGUGUGUGUUGGAACUUCUUUCUCCUGUCAUUUUCCAAAAAUAUAUUAUAGGAGUCUCGUUAGACAUUAACCUAUGUGGUGAAUUUUUAAGUACUUUGUUGAAAUUGGCUAUCUUGGAUACAGUAGCUCUGGAAAGACUACCUGUUUUGGCUAGAGCUGCUUGUACUUCAAUCACUUGCUCUAUUGGCGAAAGGGUAGAGCUACUUAUUGAUAAGGUUUGGGGACGUUUAGGAGAUUAUGUGAAUAAACAAGAACGUGAAUCCAGUCUUGCCACACUUGUUUUAGAUUAUGAUUUGAUACACAAUGUUGUUUUAUACACUUUAAAAUGCACCCCCACCAGGAAAACUGGCUCCAAAUUGUUAAUUUCCAUAAUGACAAACUACAACCAAAUAGAAGUUGAAAGACAGUGCAUUAUCAGCUUAUUUGACAUUUAUUGCAAUGGGUUGUAUGAACCAUGUGAGUCGGAUGAAAUGGGGUUUAUCAAUAACUUGAAGGGAUUAUCAAUCAAUCAACCAGAGACUGAACAAGGUGUGUUAUUAGAUUUUGUUGCAUAUCUUUCUCGGUUUAUUAGGGUUUUAAACCGAUUAAUUAGAGUCCCAGAUACUGCUGAGUUUAAUGAUGAUAAAGUAGUUUAUAAAAUACAAGCACUACUUUAUUUGGUAAAUGUUGGUGAACCUGAACCAUUGCGUGAAUUUGUCACUGAUCUUUAUAAAGAGAUUAUUGCACAGAAAGAUUAUAUUCAAGCUGGUUUGUACUUAGAAUUGUUGGCUUCUACUUUCCCCUGGUCACAUGGCGAAUAUGUUAAUGCUUCAUUGAUUCCAGAGUUACCCAUACAAACAAAUUUCGAAAGACGAGAAGCAUUACUUGAACUAAGUGCUGAACAUUACAUUUCUGGACACAAUUUGUCGAAAGCUAUUGAUGUUUAUAAUUUUAUGCUCAAUUCUUUCAAGAAUGAAACUUAUGAUUUGUUAAGGUUGUCGCGUUUACAUGGGAAAUUAUCGUUGCGGUAUAUGGAAUUAGAGUACCAAGACACAAUUCAGCAUAGCUAUUGUCGUGUUGUGUUUUUAGGUAAUGGCUUUCCUGAAGUAUUGCGGGGGAAACAAAGAAUAUAUGAGGGUCAACCGUUUGAGCAUUUUACUUCCAUUCAACAAAGAAUAUUGAGCAAAUUUCCAGGAUCGGUAUUGUAUAAAGAAGAUGGGACCGAGGGGAAGAAUUUGACGGGGAAAUAUCUAGACAUCACUUUAGUAUAUCCUAAUAAAAGUGAAAAUGGGCAUGACAAGAAGAGCUUUUCGGUGUUGAAAAAAGUUCCAGGAUCAAGUUCUAUUUUUGAUUUAUGGACAGAAGAAACUACUUAUGAGACUAAAUCGUCGUUCCCCACAUUAAUGAAUUUUAAUGACAUUGCUUCAUAUAAAGUAAUCAAAUUGUCUCCAUUGGAUAAUGCUUCGAGAACAAUCAAUGCUAAAACAAGUGAGUUGUUGCGAUUAGAAAGAGCCAUACACAGAUCAAUGACUGAUCAACCCAAAUCUCAAGGGUUGUUUCUUGAUUUGUCUAGAGAAUUGGCAGGUACCGUUGACUCUCCAAUCAACGGAGGUGUUGGACAAUAUAGAUUAUUCUUGGAAUACAUUGGCGAAAGUAAUAAUAACCAAGCUGGCAAAAUUAAAACAUUACAGAAUGCCUUUGAUGAGCUUACAACAAUAUUGAAAAGAUGCUUAGACCUUCAUGGUAGAAUUGUUCCCGAAAGUAUGCGACAGUCACAUGAAGCAUUGGUCGAAUUAUUUGAAAAGAAUUUUAAUGAUAGAAUCGAGGCUGCAUAUUCAUCUAGAGACGAAAGUGAUUCUUCUUCGAGUGUUCCUUCAACAAGGCCAGUUUCUGGUGGAAUUCUGAGAUCACAUUCAAUGACACCCUCUGUUGCAACUAUGCCCGAACCCAAGUUAACUAGAUCUGUCACAUCCACUACUGGAUCAUCUGACACGUCUUAUACAUCAGGCAAAAGCUCUUUUUUGAGUAAUAGUUUAAGUUUGAAAAGGAAAUUUAGAUGGAGGAAAAAUGCAAAUAAUUGA